GUUUGGUUCGCGCAUGAGCAACCAACGACUCGAUCGCACGCACACACAACCGCCAACAAGGCACAACAGACGCCCGCCCACCGCGACCAACGAAGAACUGAACUGUUGGCACUUGACAAGCAAGCAGGAAGGGGAGGGGUUGGAGUUCACACAAGUGCAGUGGUGAGCUGAAGAACCAAGGAGACAAGGCAGGCAGGCUGUGAGUCAUUUAUUCCAGCAUCAGCUUGAGAGAAAUGAACGCGUCUGACAUCCUUGUUGUUGGUGGUGAGGCCGUGGAGAACGCGGUUGCUCCCAUGAUGAUGAUGAUGAUGAUGGGGACAAGUGAACCGGGCACCGUUAGCAACCAGGCUGGUGGCGGCGAUGAUGUCGGUGGUGAUGCUGGCGAUGCUGGCGCUGGCGCUGCGGCUGCGUCGUUGUGGAUGGGCAGCGCGGGCAGCAUCCCAACGGUGGUGCUCAUUGCUGCGUUUGUGAUUGGCGUGCUGCUGGGCACGGUCGGCACGCGCCUGCGCCAAUGGCUGCAGGCUGCCCGGGGCGUGGAGACGCCAGAGCGGCGGCGACGUUGGGAGCAGUUUGUGCGCCAGCUCAGCGACAGCCGCGUGCUACCUGAGGACGCCAUCCUGGACCAGGUGCGGCAGGCAGACCUGCCCAUCUUGGGUGGGUUUGGCGCCAGCAUGGGCUGCACCAGCUCCACGGUGCUGCACGAGAUUGCCCGCUGCCCGCACGCCAGCACGCAACUCCUCACGAGCAUCGUGGAGGAGGCGCUCAGGCAGAACCCGGGCCGCACCCCACAGGAGGUCGUCAAUUGGACCAACGGCAAGGGCGCCACGCCGCUGCACGAGUGCUGCUUCGCCGGCAACUUUGAGAACAUUGUUUGGCUGGUGCAGCACGGCGCAGAUGUCAACGCCAAGACGCGUGCGGGGCGCACCGUAUUGCACGAGGUGCUCUCAUCCUCCCGCAGUGCCGACGCCGUCGACAUCAUCCAGUACCUCCUGUGCAGGGGCGCGUCGCUCGCAGCGUGCGACCGCAUGGCCCUCCCCGUCCUCGGGUCUGCCGUGUACCGCGCCCCCGAUGACGUCGUGGCCGUGCUGCUGAAGCACGCCGAUGCCGAUGACAUCAAACUCACCACCCCGUCCGGCGAGAGCUUGCUCCACCUCGCCAUCUCAGAGGGCCGCAAAGGCUUGGUGAAGCUGCUCGUUGGUGCCGGUGCCGAUGUCAAUGCUGUGGACAGUCGCGGCGUCUCCGUCUUUGAGGCCGCGUGCUGCGCCGCACAGCCAGAUAUGGCUGCGUUUUUGUUGUGGAAGGGCAGCCGGCUCAACAGCGCGAGCGACACGCUCUUCCGUCGCUGUGUUGCGCGUGGCAGAAAAUAUGUCCGGAUUGGGUGGACAAACAUGCCGGUUGGAACAGAUGUUGUGGAGCAGCGCAACGCCGUCUUUGCCCUCAUGGCUGCUCUCGGUGUGCCUGUUUCGCUCAACUGCCUCGUGUUUGAGAAAUCUCUCAUGUCGUAUCCGUGCUCGACCCUCUACCUCAUCCUCUCGCUCGGCGCAUUCGGCGCAACGGAGGACGACAAGCUGGCCAAGCACUUUGGCUCGCUCGAAGCAACAGCAGCCGCUGAAAUUGCAGGCGCGACCUUCUCGCGGCUGCAAGUUGCGGACAUGUGGGCCCGUUUCGACGACAAUACGUGGCAGGAGGCUGCUGCUUCAAGUGGCACGAUGGAGACGCGCUGUGCGUGGCUGCUGCUCAACAUGAUUCGCCAACACCGCCCGCGCACAACAGCAACACAAUCCGUGCCAACGCUCCAGAAUCUGUGCCGUAAUGUGUACCGCAAGCAAGUCCUUUCCCGGCUCAGCGCCCGCCGGCCCCAAAACGAGGCUGUUGAGGAGUGCAGUGACCGUGCCUCGCCGCGCACCAUUCGCCGCACCAUCCGAUCACAUAUGAGCUCGCGGUCGUCGUCCCCACAGCGCGCACGGCGCAUGCUUCGGCCACACCCAAUUGCGCCCGUGCCAACCCGCGCGGCUGGCACCGGUGCUGAUGGUAUGCAGCCAGCCACAGCUGUAGCAGCGCCAACGGCGGCCGCAAGAGCAUCGGCAAGGGCGGCAACAGCGCCUGCAUCUGCAUCACUGCGGAGUGCGCCGGCAUCUGCGAUCUUCUCGCCACUUCGCCAGCGAACGUUUGAUUGGGGCGACGAUGACGAUGGUGACGAAGACAAUGACCGCGACAACCAUGAUGAUGCUGCUGCUGCUGCUGCUGAAGACACAAAUACCGACACGGCCGCCAGCAGCACGAGUGCUGUGAUUGCGACAACCAUCAGUGCUGACACGGGCCUGCGCCGCCGUCGCCGCCGCCGCCGUGGCCAGGGCUCCACAGCUGCCCGUGACCAACAGGGCAGCAGCAGCAGUCGCGUUGGUGAUGACGAUGGUGACGAUGACAACGAUGACAACGAUGAUCAAGAUGCGACGAGGGGCCUGUGGACACGCGGGCUUGCCGUGCGCUUCCAGGAUUUGCUGUCGAAUGUUGGCUGGAGUGACAGGAGGGCGAGAGACCAGGUCAAUGAAGCCAGACGAGGGGAGGAGGCAGGGCGGGUGAUGAUGGCACAGCACAGGCGCACCCGCAGCGUUGGGGAUGCAGACGACAUUGUCCGGCUGGACCACAACGGCAUCAUUCUCCGAAGCCCCUUUGCGUCCCGCCGCCGCCACAACAACGACGACGGUGUCGAUGACGUGAAUGGCCAUGGCAAUCAGGUCAACGAUGAUGACAACAGCACACGGCAUCAGUCUGCGUCGUGGUGGCCAAUGCGAUCAGCAGCUGCUGCUGCUGUUGCGAGAGCAGGCCGCCAUCACGGACACCAUCGUCAGGGUCGGCAACGCGGUCAACGGCAUCGCUGUCGUGGCAAACACACAAGCAGCGGCAACACACACCGAAGCAUGUUUCAUUGGCGCGGAUGGUACAGCACAGGGACAUCACCGCACGUGCUCUCGGACAACGAAGACGAGAGGGAUGCCGAGGAAACGCUUGGUCGCGCCAGCGAUGGUGAAGACAACGAUGCUGAGGGUGCGUCCGACGCUGAUGUCGAUGAGAUGCAUGAUGAAAGCGAGCCAGCGCCGCUGGAGCCCGGGUUGAACCAGCAGCUGCUCUCUGCUGCGGGCGACGUGCUUGCCUUGGACAGGCGCAAUGGAAACUUGUACACGGCAGUGCAGCGGUUGCCUGUUGCGUUUCGCGGGCUCAUGAUGUAUGAUGAUGCGCAGCUGGCGUGGCCGCUCUUUGCCGACAUGGCCUUGGACGUGGUGGUAGCCCAGCGGGCAGCGGCAACAACACACUAGAUGUGUGUGUGUGUGUGUGCAAAGUGGUGUGGGUCGUGGUAUGUUGACGUGAAUGUUGUUUGUGAUGACAUGAUGUUCAGUUGUACACGAUUGCCACUGUGCUCCUCUUUCUUGAUCUCCCUGCUUGUGCAUCCCCCCGGGCCUUCUAUACUCUCUCUCUCUCUCUCUCUCUCUCUCUCUCUCUCUCUCUCUCU